AGACAGCACCUGUAGAACUCCUAUUUCUGAUUAGUGCCACCAGUGUCGUCCAAAUCGAUCGCUUUCGAAUUCAGCGGGUUGCCCGGGUUAGUACGGCUCCUAAAGAAAUAUGCAUUUUAAAUCUGAAGCUUAAUAAUCCCCAAAGAACAGUUUUAAUAAUACUGAUGUGUAAGUAUAGGCAAAACAUAAUGCUAUUAAAAACGAUAUCCGUUUGGGGAUGUGUAAAAACUACUAAUCCCAGGUGGCAUUGCGGCUCCCGCACCUGCGCAGUGAGGUGAGAGAGCGCGCGUCUUGAGCGGGGAAGAGAAAAGGCGCGCGCCUCGCUUCGUCUCCACACUGUCGCGUGAGAAGAGCUGACGGUUUGCGAAAUGUCUAAAAGGAAGAGGCAACAAUCUGCAGGCGGUAAGCGAAAAGGAACGACAAAGAAAAAGAAAGUAACACAGGAGAAGGCUUUGGGGACUGUGAACGAGGAGAGCACCGCCUGUGGUCAGCAAGCGGAACUGCGCUGUGAGGAUGACCGCGCUGCCCCGAGCAGCGCAGAGGAGAGAGGAGUCACAGGGAGCAGGUCAGAGAGUGAGGGGGGAGACGGCGCUCACAAACUCAGCCCUGGAGUGAAGGACUGCUUCCUACCGUUAGCUCAGAAUAUCCUCCCGGGCCGCUCCUCCACUGCGGGCUCAUCCUGCGAUGAUGAUGAGGAUGAUGAUGAUGAUGAUGAUGAUGUCGCCCAGCCCAGCGCGCCGGAGGAUACCACUUCGGACCAGCACAGGGGGGCAGGGGAAGGGCCGGGGCAGGGAGACGCCACCCUCCACAGUCACGGGGGAGCGCACGGGCCGAACCACAAAGCCAGCACUUCGGGAGAGCAGAGACAGGAGGCAGAUCCAGAGAGGCAGCAGCCCACUGUAACGGAGCAAGGGGUGGCAGGAGUGGGGGGGCAGGAGCACCUACCCCAUUCCGAGGGGUGCAGGACCCCUGGAUUAAAAGCCUCUCUGGGGUUGGAGGGUACAGAAACGCAGGGUGGUGGUGUUGCUGGUAGUCCACAGGGAGGGCUAGCCUGUUUAUUAGGGAGCGCGGAGGCUGUGUUUACAGAGGGGGGGAAGCAGUCCGAGUCAGCCAAGCCGAAACACGUUGAGACUUACCCCGAGACACAGGCUGAAACAUCGGCCGAUCUGCAGGGAAAGGGGGUGGCGGAGCCUUGCAACGAAGCUGGGGCUCAGCCUGCAUCCCCACAUUCCCACUGUGGAACCCCCGGAGAGCCCCCUGCCCUGCCAGCAGCAGCAGCCUCCGUUCCCGAGAGAGAAGAAUCUACGAGGCUCUGCAAAGGGGUGGUCCCCAGGCAGGGGCGAGGAGUCGCGAUGGAGAAGGGCUCGCAAGUUUUCCCGAAUCCGGGAUCCGGAACAACACCGCUGCCUCGUGCCUCUGCCGCCUCCUGGUCCCCUCGGAGCUGCGCGGGGCGAUCCCAGAUCCAACUCGGGAAUGAGGAUGCGGAAUCGGCAGCAGGCAGGAAAAUCCAAGACAGUGAGGAGGCGGGCCCUGAAAUGAACGAGAAGGAUUUAAUGAGAAAAACCCAGCAAAGCCAUUCACAGAGCAGAACCGAGACGGAAGAGUUAAAAGCAUCGCAGAGCUUCGGAGAGGGAGAGGGAAGCGACUGGGGACAAAUAAAGCUUUCAGAGAACAACAAACUAUCAACGUCAUCAUCCAGUGCAGCAGCAGCAGCAGAAUCCAAACCAGCAGCCGUGUACGUGAACCCGUGCGUGCUGGAGGAGAGGGACUGGGAAUCCCGCUUCGCCGUGCUGGAGAUGGAAGACUCGAGCGACGCGGGGGCCGGGCAGCGCAAGGCUAAGGGGGCGGGGCGGUCAAGGCGGUGCAAGCCUGCCACCAGUGCUGCUGCUGCUGCUGCUGCUGGGAAGAGGGAGGUGAGGACCGCGCUAGUGUGCGCUGAGACAGCCUGCCCUGAUCUGACUCACACCGAGGCGGAGGGAAGUCUCCAGGGAGCAGCUGGGGCAGGCGGACAGACAGACCCUGCCUCGGCCGCCCAGGAUCGAGAGGAGGGGGGACCCCACCCCAUUACCCCAGCUGCUGCCCGGGGGAGCCCCGAGUCUGAGAGAGAGGACACGGGGGCCACACAGAGCUGCGAGGAUCACAGCGAGUGGGACUCUGAGUUCCUGCACAACUGCUCCACGCAGCGCUUCCCUGACUCCUGCUCUCUCCCGGCUCCGCUCCCCGUCCUUGGGACAGAGUCCGGUGGUUCUGCCCUGGAGCUGCCUCUCUCCAUCGGCUCCAUCUCGGACUCGCAGCUCCACGAGAUCACACUGGGGGAGGCGAUGCCCGAGCCCCAGUCCCAGUCUCUGCAGGACUACGAGGACGCCAGCGAGCUGGUGUGCGGACUCAUAGAGGAGCUCUCGCAGAUCAACCGGCUCAUCAUGCUGACUCACCGGGAGCUGCAGUCUGGAAGGAACCCCCGCAGGGCCAGGCUGGGCUGGAGGGGAGCUGCUCGCUACACCGCCAACCCCAAGGACCUGCAACCCCGCUGGGAGACGCACCGCCAACCCCAAGGACCUGUAACCCCGCUGGGAGACGCACCGCCAAGCCCAAGGACCUGUAACCCCACUGGAGACACACCGCCAACCCCAAGGACCUGUAACCCCACUGGAGACACACCGCCAACCCCAAGGACCUGUAACCCCACUGGAGACACACCGCCAACCCCAAGGACCUGUAACCCCACUGGAGACACACCGCCAACCCCAAGGACCUGUAACCCCACUGGAGACACACCGCCAACCCCAAGGACCUGUAACCCCGCUGGAGACACAACGCCAACCCCAAGGACCUGUAACCCCACUGGAGACACACCGCCAACCCCAAGGACCUGUAACCCCACUGGAUACACACUGCCCAUCCCAAGGACCUGUAACCCCGCUGGAGACACAACGCCAACCCCAAGGACCUGUAACCCCACUGGAUACACAACGCCAACCCCAAGGACCUGUAACCCCGCUGGAGACACAACGCCAACCCCAAGGACCUGUAACCCCGCUGGAGACACACCGCCAACCCCAAGGACCUGUAACCCCGCUGGAGACACACCGCCAGAGAAGGGCCGGCAAACUCCAGUCCUCCAGGUUUUCAUUCCAACUUGAGCGCUUGAGUUUCACUUCAUUCCUCUAACUUAUUUGUUCAAUCAGACAUCCUUGUGAGUGACUCUGCAGCAGCAGCAGUUGUGAUGCAUCGCUCACCCCCUGGUCUCUGUAAGUCGCUUUGAACAAAAGCGUCUGCUACAUGACUCCUUUUUAAUAAGAAUCUUUCUUUUCAAGGUCUUUUAAAUUGACAGUUUAAAAAGAAAUGCCCUUGAUUCAAAGUGUGCAGGAGCUGUGAAACAUUGUGAGGCCGGGGAGAGAGAAGUGUUUAAUGUGUCCAAUUUGUCAAAUAAUUUAGAGCAAUUAAGUAAUUGAGAGCUCGGGGUGGAAGGAAAGCCAGAAGCUGCCCUGUGACCCCCCAGGAGCUGAGACUCCCCCCCAACCCGCACAAGAGGCACCCGCAGACACACGACAAAGAGAGCAGCGCAACUGGGCUGCAGUGGUCAGGUGCUUCUGUGUGUGUGUUUUUGUUGGGUUAUUUUUUUUACGUUCUUAAAGUCUAAACGGUUUUAGAAAAUACUUUGAGUAUCUGGUUGUCUUUUAGAAAUGUUUUUUUUAUUAUUAUUUAUUUAAUUGAUUGUUUUCAAGCGGCUUACCAAAUGUGUUUUUUUUUUUUACAUGUUGAGUAAAGUUUGUUCUCUCAUACUGAAGUUACUCCCUGUUCUCAUUGGUGUGGAAGGUUUGUAUUGGAAUUCCUUUUAAAAAGCUGUUUUCUAGUUUUUAUCCUGACCUAGAUCACAGCUUGAUGAUGUCGCGUGUGACUACGGCUGUGUUUAGUUUUAUUUAUUUCUUUCACGGAUUUCAGUUCCCGUGUAACAUGUAGUUCACCGUGAAGAUCCCAUCACCGGCAAAACUCCUCAAACCUGACGUCUGCAAACUGAUCUGCGUUACAAAAAACAGAUCCGAAGCACAUGUUAAAAACACUCCACAGGAAGCGAACCUUAAAGUGACUGACGACUGGAGUGACAUCACCCAAGCACGGGCUGCGACUAGCCAGGAUAGGGUGAGGGGACAGAGGCAGGAACCACGGCAUAUAUACUGAGUAUAAUAAGCAGAGCUCCAGCUCAGAAAAACAGCUCUUUAAGGACUGCAUUCGCCUAUCGCCCCCUGCAGGAGAGAGCUCUUUAUUUUUUUAUCAAAGGCUUUAUUUUUGUAAUUGCUGUUUGUUUCUAGUUCUGAAGCCAAAGUGAAAUCUGCAGCUCAGGUCAAAUGUUUUGCACCAAAAAAACAUUUUUAGGAUUGACAUAUAAAAAAAAAGAAAACCUAUCUGAACACAAUGUAGAUAUUUUAUUUAACAUUGUGUAAUCAAAAGAAGCGACAAAAUGAUAUUGCAAAAGUCUACCGGAAGCCACAAUAGUGGUACAGUAGUAUUUCAUGUUAGAUUUUGAAAUGUCCCAUUUUUAAUUUGUCAGUUUGUUUUGUUAAGUAUCUGGAAAACUACAAAGCGGUGUUUUAUUCAAUAUGUUAAGGUCACAUUAUUCAGCGGGUUUCAUUCGACUGCAUGAAGCACAGUGAGUUAAUGGUGAUGCAAGACUUUUGCGUGUUUCUUGUAAAAGUACAGAAAUGUUUGAAAUUGAAGUUAAUAAUAAUGUGCAUCGACACAAAAAACCAAAGAAUAGAGA